GCAGAAAAAUCUGGCGUGGCCGCAUAUAAAACUGUGGAAUUGGAUGGUUUGUUGGGUUGCUGCUCCACGCAGCACAGGGAGACUCAAGAAAAUGAGAGUAGUCGAUUUUUGAGUUAUUUCAAAACUGGUUUUAGGGUUCUUAAAUCGGCUCUGUUGCAAAAUGGCAAUAAGCAACAGCCUAAGCUAUAUAAAGUUAAAGGAAAGUGCGUUCCAUCUUUAGUGGAAAUGUCUGAUUUGUCUUGGGAAAACUUCAAGAGCUCCGAUGUUUUUCUUAUUAAAUCGCCCCAAACUAUUUUUGUUUGGAUUGGACGGGCUGCUAAUGUUGAGGAAAGACGACAUGCAACUAUUAUUUCUCAAGAUAUGAAAGACCAAUACAAAAUUCCAAAUAUAGUAUUUGUCGAUGAUGGUUACGAAAAAAGCAUAGACAAAGAAACUCAAAAACAAUUUAGCAAAUAUUUGCCACUAGAAAAACGCGUGGUUUUGCCUUAUGUCUCAGAAGAAAGCAAUGGAGGAAAUUCACAUAUAAAGACUCAUUUACGUCUAUACAGAUGUUCAGAGAAUAAUGGAAAAUAUAGAGUAGCAGAAGUGAAAAAUGGACCACUAAGUUGGAGUGACUUAAGUUCAGAUGAUGUUUUUAUCAUAGACCAAGAAAUCCAUGGUAUUUGGGUGUGGGUUGGAAAGCGUGUAAACGAAAAAGAGCGAAGCGAAGCCCUAAGGAACGCCAGGGGCUUUGUUAAGAAGAAAAAAUACCCGAACAACACCAAAGUGACCAGAAUCGUUGAAACCCUAGAAACCACAGAGUUUAAAGUUUUGUUCAAACAAUGGAAAACUGAACAUAAAACUAAAGUUCCAUCUCCAAAAAUACUAACAAUCACAAAAUUCGAUCCGAUAACAAUGGAGGAACGUCCUACCUUAGCUGCUGAAACUCAGCUAAUUGAUGACGGUUCCGGUGGCAUGACCUUAUGGAGAAUCAAAAACACAAAAAUCGUUGAAAUCCCUAAAGACAGACAUGGUUACUUUUUCACUGGAGAUUGCUACAUAGCUUUGUAUAGCUACCAAACUGCACGUGACGAGAAACAUUUGUUGUAUUGCUGGAUCGGUUCAAAUGCUUCACAAGAUGAAAUAAAUAUAACCACAACAAAAUUGACGGAAAUAGACGAAGAGUUGGGCCAAUUAGGAUUUCAGGCUAGGGUAAUUCAAGGACGCGAAACUGCCCACUUUUUGCAAUUAUUUAAAGGAAAAUUGAUGAUUUUUAAAGGACGAGGCAUUGAUUUUGAUGACACCGGAAAAAAUCUUAAAAGCCCUAACCAAUAUCUUUUAAAAAUCCACGGAUCUACCACAUACAGUGCAAAAGCAGAACAAGUAGACUUCAGUGCCUCAUCCCUAGAUUCAAACUCCUGUUUCGUCCUAAAACGAGGAAAAAAAUAUUGCGUUUGGUGUGGACAUCAUUCAACAGGAGAUCAGAGAGAAAUGGCCAAAGGAUUUGCGGGAAAGGACUUUGAACUUUUGUUAGAAGGCAAAGAGAAGGAUUUUAUGACGUUGCUUGGGGGACCUAAAAAUUACUUUACGCAACUUGUACGCGAUGACUAUGAUCCUAAGCCACCACGAUUGUUUUUUUGUAAUUCUAACAAAAAUCAUGAAGUCCAAGAAAUACUUUUUUUUCAACAAAAAGAUCUGCUACCAGAAAAUGUAAUGCUUUUGGACACAAAUGACGCUCUCUACAUUUGGAUCGGAAAACUAAGCGCUAGAGAAGACCAGAGACUGUCUAUACAAACCGCUUUGAAUUAUUUGCAAAAUGAUGCGUCAAAUAGAGACAUGAAUAUGACUAUUAUUCAUAUAAAACAAGGAAAAGAACCUCCAACUUUUAUUGGAUUUUUUCCUGUAUGGGAUAAGAAGUUGUGGAAAGUAAGUUUUGAUUAAAGAUCCAAGUACAGGGUGGCCCAAAUUCGAGCCUCAUCAUUGAGAUCUCGGUAACCUUAAGAGAUACGGGGUCGGUUAAAUUAUGGCAAAGUUGCGCAAUUUUAUGACCAAUAGAGUGCCGUUUUGAAACUGCAAAGACUCCUAAUACUUCCAGAGAUAUUCGGAAAAAACCGAAAUUUUGUAAAAUCGUAUUUAUUUUUUCCUGGGCUUAUUUGAAGAGCAAUUUUAAAAUAAAUGUCACUUCAUCACUUUUCCCCUUUAGAAGAUGGUGCUACUAAAUUUAAAAUUCGACAUUUCGUCUUCAG